CAUAAAUUAUUGUUUGUUGUCCCAUUUCUUAUUUGUAAAAGAGCAGCUUAGAAUUUGUAAACAUGAGUGUAAUCGACGAAACAUGGGACUUCAAAAUAGAUACGAAACAAUUAGAUAAAAAGUUAUUCUGUGAAUUCCAAUCUGAUGUGAGAAAUUUAUCUAAACAAAUUGAGAACCAGUUAGAUGGUUUCCAAACACAGAACCUAAAUUACUCUGGAAGUUCAUCGAAGAACAGUGACGACGAAUUAAGGAUGAUAAUUGAAAAAAACAAACAACUGGUACACGAUAUUAAAUCUAAAGUUGAAGAAUACGAGCAACAACAGGUGAAAUACAGCAAAUUUAAGUCAGAGCAAAAAUUACUUGCAAAAGAAAUCAAGGAUACCCAUGAAGCAUUUUUAAUGGCAAAAAAGUAUUACAAGAAGUUUUUAAAAAUUUACUUCACCAUUGAAUCAAGGAAUGAUGGGAAAGAUGGGAUAUUUCUACAGUUCUUCACUGAAGCAAAGAAAGAAUCCAAAGGAAAUUCAGUUUAUUUGUUGAGGGACUCAAAAACAAAACAUUAUGAAGUGUUGGAGAUAACACCAGGGCAAGAGAUUUGUAAAGAAGUUCAACAGAAACUUCAAGCUACGAAUGAUGUGCCCGGUGCUCUUUGCUACAUCAGACGACAUUUCAUGAAAAUAAAGAAAGGAAAAAAGGUAGACUCAUAGAAAUCACUACAUUAAUAUAUUUUUAUACACACUGAGUACCCAAAUGUUACUUUGUAAUCUUUUCUCACGCUAUUUUGACUCGUAUUAGACUAUUAGCAACAAAUAUUCACUCCUUCAGAAUAUUCAAAUAUUCAGUCCUUGGAUCCAAGAAGUAAAAGUAUUAUAUCUAUCUUUUGCCUAGAUGACAACAGGUAGAACUCGAAAAUAAUGCAAAUACGUUUAUAUAUUGAAAAAUAUUCGUUUAUUUAUUAGGUAUCAACAAACAUGAACUACAUGAAGAGAUAAAAUAAAUAUUGAUUCAUAUUUUUAACUCAAUUAGCUGCAGCUUGCUUUGUAACAUUGUAUAAUAUAUUAAAAUUCACCACUGAUUCCUUAGGGUGGUAUUCCACCAGUCCAAUGUUAUUGCGUAUCACUGUGUCAUUAAGCAAAAUGUGAGACAAAAUACACAUUGGAGAAAGAUAUUGAACAAAUGGAAUACCACCCUUAGAUAUAAGGAGAGGUUGGACACUAGAACCCCUCAAGAAAGACAGAUAUAACAUCUUUGUUUUGCAACAUGACAUGGACUAUUCUGUGUGUUCAGUUUCAGCUAUGGCACAGAUUGUAAUUCUUUACGGCUAUAUUUUGUAAAUAAAUGAAUACUUGCAUAUUAAUAUAUAUUUUACUUUUUUAACAUGAGAUUUUCCCAACUGAAGUAGUAUAAACAUUAGAAAACAUAUCAAGUCAAAGUAUAUAAAAUAUUAUUUAAUAUGGGUAACAAUAUUUGGCUCACAUUUUAAUUGCUAAUUUGUGUCAUCGUAUAUUAUUAUGUGCCUUGUUUAUCAUUCAAUAGAUAAUUUGUUAAAAUUAAGCCUUAGAUCUAUGUAAGCUAUGAAAGAACUCGAAAAUUUAUUUAAACUGAUAAAAAAAAUACUGAAAGUGAAACCAGUUAUACCGACAUUUACGUAAAUCAUGUUUAAAAGCAAUAUAAAUAAUUAUGUUUAAUGGAAUUAUAAUAAUAGUUGGCCCCGAUACAAUACUGGUAUAACAAAGUAUUUAUAAGAAAUUCACACU